CAAUUAUAUCCAGUUCUUUAGCUCCUCCUCUUUUUCCAAUGACCUCGUAUACUGAGCAUCUAGAUGCCUUUGUUGCGAAGCUGGAGGAUAAAUCACUGGAUUAUAAGUCAAAGCAUUCACUAUUUUCAGAAUUAUGUGAUACACUUGAAACAUACCAUGGAGUUAACGAAUAUGAAUGUUUUUUGAAAAAGUUGUUGAAUGUGUUUUUUGAGCAUCUGAAAACUGUCCCUGUUUCUUUUGUUGCAAACUCUCCCGAGCAGAAACUACGAUUUUUGAUCUUAGAUAUUAUUCAUAGGUUACCUGUCAAUGAAACAUUCCAACCUUAUGCUAUGACAGUCUCAGAUAACUUGAUGGACGUUUUGAAAGAAGAUAACGAGGAGAAUGGGUUGCAAUGUAUGAAAAUCAUUACCUCAUUACACAAAUCUUACAAAAAUUUCUUGUCGUCUAAGGUUGAUGAAUACAUGGAGUUUUUGAAAUUAGUUUAUGUCAACUUAUCAGAUUUGGUUGAUGAACAGUUUGGCAAAACAGAACCAAAUUCUGAAGAGUCUAUAGAGGUCAAGAUGGAAAAGCAGGUUGACUCUAAAUCUGAAUCUGAAGCCAACGCUGAGCCAGAAAUCAAAAUCGCUGAAGUUCGAAAAGAGAAAGAAGCUGAAAGCGAAAAUGAGAUCGAACAGAAAGAGGAAAACCAAAGCGAAAGCAAGGGCGGCUCGGAUGUUAAAAUGGAAGAUGAUUUAGCAAGCCCAGGAGCAAAUGGUUCUACCAAAGAAGAGGCAAUAUUAACAUCAGAGAAUUCAAAUAUUGAGUUUGAGAAAUCCUCUCUAUCUUCUCCUUCAGACUUUGCAUCUACUGAUGAUGUUAGUGCAACACAUACACUAUUCAAAGCUACACACUCCUUCAAAAUGGCAUCUGAAUGCCCAAUCACCCUUGUUUCAUUAUACAGUACAUACAAGCCGUUACUGGAUUCAACAGUCGGUACUAUUCUACCUCUGGUUAUAAAUGUGCUAAAACUUCAAGCUCCAGCUCAAAGAGCAGAACAUGAAAAGGCAAAUGCUGAACAUAGAAAUGUUGUAAAAAUUGCACCUUGUUUUCAUAAUAACCCAGUUUAUAAUGAUUUUAAUUUUGCUCAAGUUAAGGCCUCAUCAUUCAUGGCGUAUGUUUUCAUUAGAAAAAAUAACUCUUCAAACAUUGAGGCAUAUCAACAAGAAAUUCCUGUAUUGAUAAUAAGACUUUUGCAAGAUUGCCCUAGAGAAUUAUCUGCUGCCAGAAGGGAAUUACUUCACGCUACUAGACACGUAUUAUCCACAAACUUCAGAACACUUUUUCUUCCAAAAAUUGAUUUGCUAUUUGAUGAUAACAUUUUGAUUGGUGAUGGCUUAACGGCACAUGAGACACUCAGACCAUUAGCAUACUCUAUUGUUGCAGACUUUAUCCACGUUAAUGGUUCUCUAACCACUGAACAAAUAUGGAAAAGUGUCAAGACAUAUAGCGGUUAUCUACAAGACGACACGUUGGCUCAAACGGUGCAUAUAAUGAGUGCGAAAUUGCUUUUGAAUCUUAUGGAUAGAAUAUUAAAGCUUGAAAAUAAAGCUGACUCAAGGCAAAUAAUUUUGCUCAUAAUAGAUACAUUCGGAAAAAGGUUUGAAUCCUUAAACUGCCAAUACGAUAAUAUAAUGAAGCAACACGAGGACUUCAAAAACAAUAGGAAGGAAAGAGCUCUAAAAUUGAAAGAGCUAGAAACUUACGGGAAAGACUUAACUGGUAGAUCUUUAGACGAAAACUAUCACAUUCGAAAUCUUUCAGAAAAGCUACAUCUUGAUGACAAAGCUUCAGAAAAUAAAAUGGAUGUUGAUGAUGAAAAAGAUCUUGUUACAAACCUUACAUUUGCAGAAAUCGAACGGAAGCUACCAAUUCAAAUUUUCCAGCCCCCAACUCAAGAUCCACUGGAUGGUGCGAGAUACCUAUUUAGAACUCUGAUGACUUUUUUGAAAUCUAUUUGCUAUGGAUUCAAAAGCUGUAACUUAGCUGCUCCCAAGGACUAUUCUCAUCAAGUAUGGCAGGAAAGUGCAAGAAUCAUAACAAUUGAAGAGUUGAACAUUUUUAAACGGUUGUUUAAAGAAUCAAUUGGAGGACUGAAAUUUUUUCAGAGCUCCAAAAUUACGACAAUCAGCUCUGCACUCAAACAGACAUUCGAUAUAACAGGUCCAAGCCUUCCUAUCACGUCAUCAAAAGAGGAAAAAGACUUAAUGGAAAUCCUGGCAACAAUUUUCGUAUACCUUGAGCCUGCAGCAUUUAACGAGAUUGUGCAAUCAGAAUUACCGAACCUUUUUGAGGCCACUUUAAAUAACCCUGCUUUACUACACAUACCUCAAUUUUUUCUUGCUAGUGAGAUAACAACAUCAAAUUUCUCUAGCUUAUUGAUUGUAUUUGUCAUCUCAAAAUUGAACGAACUCGGAGAUAUGGAUAUAGUCAAAUCUAACAUUUUGAUAAGGCUCUUCAAAUUGUGUUUUAUGUCAGUCAACUUGUUCCCCACCGCUAAUGAAAACGUCAUACUGCCUCACCUCAAUAAAUUAAUAUUAGAUUGUUUGAAUUAUUCGAUGAAAACAAAAGAGCCAAUUGUUUACUUUUAUUUGAUUCGUACAUUGUUUAGAAGUAUUGGUGGCGGAAGAUUCGAAUCAUUAUACAAGGAAAUUUUGCCAUUGUUACAAGUAUUGUUAGAAUCCCUGAAUAGACUAGUCCAGACAGCUCGCCGGCCACAUGAAAGAGAUAUCUAUGUCGAACUAUGUUUGACGGUACCAGUUAGGCUAAGUGUCCUGGUGCCUUAUCUAAGUUACUUGAUGAAGCCGUUAGUUUAUGCGCUAAAUGGUUCCCAAGAUUUGAUCAGCCAAGGUCUCAGGACUUUAGAAUUAUGUGUGGAUAAUUUAACAGCUGAAUAUUUUGAUCCUAUAAUUGAACCCGUCAUCGAAGAUGUUAUGAAAGCAUUAUGGAAGCAUUUGAAGCCACUUCCUUACUACCAUCAACAUUCUCACACGACACUUAGAAUUCUCGGAAAGUUAGGCGGAAGAAAUAGAAACUUCAUGAAUUUGCAUGAUGACCUUUCAGGUGAAAUGGUAACAGAUCAAAAAUUGGAUGGUAUGUUCAAGAUCGAAGGAAUUUCAAAUGACGUACCUGUUUCCCUCACAGCUGCGGUGAACACUGCUUUGAAUACAUUAGAGAGUGUUCGCUACAAACUUCAUUACAGAGUAAGCGCAUACAAAUACUUGUCUACCAUUUUGAAGCUACUAAUAAACUCAGAUGAUAUUCCUGAUAAUUACGAGCUUCGUGUCCAGCAAGUUGUGAAUUUCAUUCUUCAGGAAGGAAAAGAACCUAUUGAUCACAGUAUUAUCCAUUUGGAUGCCGAUGAUACCAAGGAUCAAGUCAAGUUUGACAGACAAGAAGAACUUCUUAUUAGGCUACUGAAAUCAUUGUUUUUUUCUGUAUCGUUAGAUGAAGUAAGGGAUGAGUCGUAUGUUUUGAUUGAAGGAAUUUGUCAGCACUAUGUUUUGUUAAGUUUGAGUAAAGCGAUGAUUGAUCAUCAUAAGAUUUCAAGACGUUUUUCAAUUGCUAAUAAUGAAGGAAAGCAUUUUUUGAACACUAAUACAAUAUACGAAGUAAUCUCCUACUCAUUAAGUCAUUAUGUCAGUUCUGUUAGAGAUGUUGGCAAAUUCGCAAUCAAAACCAUUUUUGACACGUGUGUCACUUUAUUUGGUUCUAUAAAUGGAGCUUUAAAAUUCAUGCCUAUUAGAAGAAUGUGCUCUACCUUUAUUCACUGCUGUUUUGAGGAUGCUUAUUAUGAUAAGCUUGGAGGUUGUUUGGGGCUAAAAAUUAUGAUUGAAGACCUCAAUAUUCCAUAUGAAUAUUUUGGCGUCAGGCAGCUUGAGAUUUCAAGAGCAAUGUUUUUUGUCCUAAGAGAUACACCGGAUGAUGUUCCAUCUGAAGUUUGUGCAAUUGCCAAAAGUAUUAUUUUGAAAAUCCUUAGAAACUGUAACAAAGAGGUGUCAAAGGAGGCAGUAUUUCAGCAAUCAUUUCAAUCUAUAGUUAGCCAGAUUGUGUUUGACCUAAGCAAUUCUAGUAUAAGAGUUAGGGGGACAGCAAAGGAAGCUCUUGAAACCUUAUCAGAAGUCACGUCAGUUCCAAUAUCCACCAUGAUUUCGCCUAGCAAAGGUAUUCUUUUGGCGCCAAUUUUUGGUAAACCAUUAAGAGCACUACCGUUUCACAUGCAGAUCGGAAAUAUUGACGCCAUUACUUUCUGCCUAGCAUUGGAUGACACUUUUUUGGAGUUUAACGAUGAGCUCAAUAGACUGCUAUCUGAAGCUUUAGCAUUAGUUGAUGCCGACGACGAAUCUUUGAUUAAUAUUAAUAAUAUAUCAGAGCACAGCACUGCUGAACAAUUGAUUAAUUUGAGAAUUGUUUGUAUCGAAUUACUUUCAUUGGCUUUAACCAAAAAAGAAUUCUCAAACAGUCAAGUAAGAAUAAGAAUACUCAGUGUUUUUUUCAAAACUCUUUGUUCUAAAAGCUCAAGGAUAAUCAAUGCUGCCCACUCGGGUCUAAAAAAGGUUCUUUCUCAGAAUUCAAAACUUCCAAAGGAACUGCUACAAAGUGGUUUACGUCCUAUGUUGAUGAACUUGUCAGAUUACAAGAAGCUAACUGUUUCUGGAUUAGAGGCUUUGUCGAGAUUGCUUGAGUUAUUGAUAUCUUACUUCAAGGUUGAAAUUGGAAGAAAAUUGCUAGACCAUCUAAUGGCCUGGGCACAGCCUGGAAUAUUGCAACAUAUAUCGUUGCAGGAGCUUGACAGCAACAUGACGGUUCAAAUAAUUGUUGCGAUAUUUAAAAUAUUUCAUCUUCUUCCAUCUCAAGCAUACACAUUUUUAAAAGAAUUGAUGGAAACUUUAUUAUUUCUUGAAACUAAUCUCCGUCGUCAUUACAGCUCUCCAUUUAGAGCUCCCAUUGGAAAUUUUUUGAAUCGAUUUUCGGAACAUUCCAUUGCAUUUAUGAAAGAGCACUUUAGCUCGAGAAACUAUGGCUCAAGAUUUGCUUAUUUUAUAGGAAGUAAAGAAUGUUCAGAGUUGAGAAAUGAAUUCAAAAAGACUAGCACGACAUUUAUGGAUCUACUAAUCAAUGAAGCAAAUCAUGAUGUCAAAUGUGUGAUGUUGGUGAAUAUGAUAGAUUCUAUUGAAUCCCUUUCAGAAAAAGACACUGAAUGGUUUACUUCUGCGGGAGGUCUGUUAAAGCAAUUGGCUAGCAUAACAAUUGACUGUUUGGGCUACGAGAAAGAAUCAUCAAUAUCCUCCCCUAUUCACUUCCAGCUUGAUCAAUCGACAGAAAAGCUUCAACAAUUAUAUGUUAAGUACUUGAGAUUAAACAAAACUGACACGAAAAGUGUUAUAAAUCUCAUCGACUAUAUGUGCUUAAAUGACAUUGCUUUCCAUACUGACUUUAGUGACUUUAUCCUGAAUGACAUUAUCAAAUCAGACGAUGUGAACACAAGUUUGGGAUAUCUAAACGAUAUUACCAAGAUUAUAACCGAUCCAGAAUAUCAACUUGUAACCAAGAUUUACUUGCUUAAACAUAUAGUCAUUCCAUUAUGCUACUUUUAUGCAAGAAGAAACGAGAAUCUUAAGCUGGUGAAGAGUAACGGCAACGCCGCACCCUGGCUCACUUGCUUCGGCGAGAAGAUUUGGAAAUCUGGAAAGGAUAGUCCAAAAGUAGAGUCAUGUAUUGUCGACAAAUACAGAGUAGAGUUGUUACAACUCACAUCUUUACUGGUAACAUAUUACCCAGAUGCUGUCGUUGACUGGAAGAAAGAUAUCAUUAAGUUCAACUGGAAUUUCAUUAGUCUAGAAGAUAGUAUAUCAAAGCAGGCUGCUUAUAUCUCAACUGUUCAUUUUAUCAGAGCAUUUGAUACUCCUGCUAAAAUUGUUAUCCAAGUUUUUGUUGCUCUUCUGAAGGCUAAUCAGAAUGAUGUCAAGUUCAUGGUUAGGCAAUCUCUUGAUCUACUAGCGCCUUACUUGAAUGAGAAGCUAGGCCCUGGUAGAGAGUGGUUAAAUUGGACAAGAAGAAUUUUAUCUGAAGAUGGUUUCGUUGUUACCCAAGUCUCAAAUAUUUAUCAAUUUAUUGUGAACCACUCAGAUUUGUUUUAUGCUGCAAGAGACCAGUUUAUACCUAAUAUUAUAACGGCUAUGGGAAAAUUAACGGUCAUCAACAACUCUGCUACAGAAAAUCAAAUUUUAGCUAUAGACUUGGCGGAAUUAAUUCUGCAUUGGGAGGCUAAGGCAAAGAUCUCAGUUGAGGAAGAAAGCGAAAGUGUUUCUCUGAUUCAAGAUGAUGAAAUGGAAGUUGAUAAGAAGGACAUUGGUGACGAUAAUGCAAUGGAAGUUGAUCAGCAACCUCAGAAAGAUGAGCUUACAACUAAGGAUAAAGCAGAAGGAAAGACCGCAACAGCUUUACCGCGUAUAUACUCGGUUCCUCUCGGCCAACGGGAUACUUGCAUUACGUUUUUGAUCCGUUACGUCUGCAUUUGUCCACAAAGAGCUUCUGAAAAUGAGCUUGGUCGUCGUGCAUUGAACAUACUUCAUAUUCUACUGUCUCCAGGUUUUUGGCCUGACGUUUCUGUUAAGCUAACCUUCUUUGAGAAAUUUUUGGUCAACACUGAUUCUAAUGUAAGCAACAUGCUUGUUUACUGUUUGAAUGCUUUAGAAGUGCUGAACAUUGCGCUUGAGUGGAAAACUUCAGAAUGGAUUAUUUCCAACUUAUCUCAACUGCAAACUUUAUUAGAAAAGUGCAUCAAGUCUAACAAUCAUGAUAUUCAGGAGGCCUUGCAAAGUGUUCUUUUAUUGAUUUUACAAGCGGUACAAGUAGAGUCAUCUUUGGAAGAAGAUGUACAGGACAGUGAAGGUCUCAAUUUCGUGAAAUUCUUAGUGUCAGUUGUUGCAGAAGAUUUAGGAAUUAUGAAUUCUGUUGCUGCUGGUGUCACUUUAAUAUCUACAAUAUCCCAAUUUAAGCCACAAUUGCUUGAUCCGCAAGUGCCACUGAUCAUCAGAACUUUAGGAAAAUUAGUAAAGGAUCACGUCACACUAGCAAGUCAAGGAAAGCAUCAAUCCGCGGUAGACAACGGCAAUUCUGGUGAGCAUGAAUCAAAGAUGACUACAAAACUAGUCGAAAAAUUACUAACUUUUGGAGCUACUCAGAUAUCAUCCCUUGGUGAUCAAAGAAGGAUUUAUCUUUCUUUGUUGGUGCAGCUUAUUGACAAAUCAAUUGAUAAAGCUUUGCUAACAACCAUUGCAAACAUUGUCAGAGAAUGGCUGUUUUCAACGUCGAAUGUCGUUCCUACUGCCAAAGAAAAAGCUGGAAUACUUUCUAAAAUGAUGACAUACGAGCUAAAAGGUGAUUCCGAACUUACCAAAAUUUACUACCAGAUUAUAAUGGAUAUUUUCAAAGAUGAGAGUCUGAAUUAUAGCGAGCUUACCUUUAGAUUGGAACAUCCUUUCCUAGUCGGCACUAAAAUAUCGGAUGUCGGAAUACGUCAAGAGUUGAUGUCUAUUCUAAAUAACUCGUUGGAAAAAGAUAUUAAAAGUAGGCUAUUUUACAUCAUUCGUGAACAAAACUGGGAAUAUCUAUCUGAGUACCCUUGGUUGAACCAGGCAUCACAAAUUCUUUAUGGUGCUUUUGAUCUUGACUACCCUCUCAAAUUAUCACAUACAGAAAAUACACUUGCAGGCCUUGAUGAAAUCGAAGUAGUCCUACCUGACAAUAAGGUUGAAGCAGCAUCAGACGAUAUCAAAAAGUUGUUAUUGAAGCACAGAGCUUUUAUCGGCAGUAAUUUGAAAACGACUGUAUCCGAUAUUUUGAAUCCUUUGCUAGACAUCUCAUACCAAAGUCCAGAGGCAAUUCACAAGUCUUGGUGUAACUUAUUUCCAAUAGUGUACAAUUCAAUCGAUCAAAAGGACAAAUCAGACUUUUUAUACGCAUUUGUCACAUUGUUAUCCAAGGACUAUCACAUGCGUCAACAGGAAGGUAAGCCAAAUGUUAUCAAUACUAUGCUAACUGCGGCAGGAAAGUGCUCUGACUUGCAACUGCCACCCCAUUUAGUCAAGUACCUUGGUAUCAAUUACGAUGCUUGGUAUUCUGGUGUCAGGGUAUUGGAGCAAAUUGAGGCAAGUCCUAUAACUGAGAAUUCUAAAAUCAAAGAAGCCAACAGAGAUGCAUUAGUCGAAAUGUAUGCUAACUUGCAAGAAGAUGAUAUGUUCUAUGGUCUGUGGCGUAGACGUUCUAAGUAUUUUGAAACCAAUGCUGCAUUAUCAUACGAGCAAAUCGGCCUGUGGGAUAAAGCUAUGAAGUUAUAUGAAACUGCUCAGGUAAAAGCUCGUAGUAGUAUUCUUCCUUACAGCGAAAGCGAAUAUGCACUUUGGGAAGAUAACUGGAUUUUGUGUGCAGAAAAGCUGCAAUGCUGGGAUAUUCUAACAGAACUUGCAAAGCAUGAAGGUUUCACUGAUCUUUUACUUGAAUGUGGAUGGAGAGUUGCCGAUUGGAUUGCUGAUAGGGAGCCUUUAGAGCAAUCAACAAAAACUGUAAUGGAUGUUCCUACUCCAAGAAGACAAAUGUUCCAAGCAUUCCUGUGUUUGCAGGGCUACGCGCAUAAUACAGAAACAAUUCAAAACGUUACAAGGCAGGUUGACGAAGGUAUACAAUUAGCACUCAGAAAGUGGUAUACAUUACCACAAAGAAUGACUGAUGCGCACAUAUCUUUGCUUCAUAGCUUUCAACAGUACGUUGAAUUUAUAGAGGCAACUCAAGUUUAUAGGAGCUUGACGUCAACAACUGCAGAAAACUUGGAUAUAAAAUCUCAAGAUUUGAAACGUGUCUUACAAGCCUGGAGGGAAAGACUUCCUAAUACUUGGGAUGAUAUUAAUAUCUGGAAUGAUUUGGUGACUUGGCGGAAGCAUGCUUUUGAAGUUAUCAAUAAGGUUUACAUACCAUUAAUUCCUGCACUCCAGCAAACCAAUAACAACAAUAAUUCAUAUGCUUUCCGUGGGUACCAUGAAAUUGCAUGGGUGAUUAACAGAUUUGCCCAUGUUGCAAGAAAACAUGAAAUGCCUGAUGUAUGUAUCAACCAGUUGACUAAGAUAUACACUCUUCCAAACAUUGAGAUUCAAGAAGCAUUUUUGAAGUUGAGAGAGCAGGCAAAGUGUCAUUAUCAAAAUCCGGCAGAGCUUAAUACUGGUCUUGAUGUUAUAAGUAACACAAACCUCGUUUACUUUGCGGCACAGCAAAAGGCUGAAUUUAUUACAUUGAAGGGUAUGUUUUUGGCAAAGCUAAAUGUUCCAGAUGAAGCAAAUCAAGCUUUUGCUACUGCUGUGCAGCUAGACUUGAAUUUGCCUAAAGCUUGGGCUGAGUGGGGUUUCUUCAAUGAUCGAAGAUUUAAAGAAAGUAAUGAUAUCAAUUUUGCAAAGCAUGCAAUAAGUUGCUAUUUACAAGCUGCAAGCCUUUACAAGAACAAUAAAGCACGACGUUUGUUAUGCCGUAUUUUGUGGUUGAUCAGUUUGGAUGAUAGUACUGGAACUUUAACUGAGUCCUUCGAGUCUCAUCAAGGUGACAUGCCUGUCUGGUAUUGGGUCACUUUCAUUCCUCAACUUUUAUCUGCUCUAUCUCACAAGGAAGCCAACUUUGCUCGCAAAGUGUUGAUAAAGAUUGCAAAAUCGUAUCCCCAAGCGUUGCACUUCCAAUUGAGAACCUCAAAAGAAGAUUUUGCGGUAUUGCAGAGACAGCAACUCGCAAGCUCAGGAUCAGCUACUAUGACACCUAACAGCAAUAUUCCUGUAAGCAGCAGUAACUCGAACAGUAUGAAUACUCCCGUCGGAAGUCCCCCAGCAGGCUCUCCUGCUCCUAAUACAUCUUCCAUUCAAUCUAACCAGAUUAAACCUUGGAUUCAUAUAGAUGAAAUUAUGGGAAUACUAAAGACUGCUUACCCAUUACUAGCUUUAUCAUUGGAAUCUUUGGUUGAUCAAAUCAGCCAAAGAUUCAAGUCAAAUCAUGAUGGUGAUGCAUACAGAUUGGUGGUUGCGCUUUACAAUGAUGGAGUUCAAUAUUUUAAUAGACUUUCGAAUCCAAAGGAAGAUGCAAGGUUGCCACCAUCAACUGAGGCUAAUAUAGUUCGGUUUGCCAAUACUGUUUUGCCCAAACAUAUUAAAGAAGAGUUUGAAGUUGACUUGAUUCAAAGUAAACCUAAUCUCGAGACCUAUAUUUCGAAAUUGAAGAAAUGGAAGGAUUGUUUGGAAAAGAAAUUGGACAGAACAUACGGUAAAGUUAAUUUGGAAAGGGUGUGUCCUCAUUUAAGUCAAUUCCAUCAUCAAAAGUUCGAAGAUAUUGAGAUUCCGGGACAGUAUUUGUUGAACAAAGAGAGCAAUCAAUAUUUUAUCAAAAUAGAAAGGUUCAUGCCUACAAUAGAAAUGAUUCGUGGCCCUACUGCGUGUUACAAGCGCAUCACCAUUCGUGGUCAUGAUGGUAGUUUACACAAGUUUGCAGUUCAAUUCCCAGCGGCAAGACACUGUAGGAGAGAAGAACGUAUUUUUCAAUUGUUUAGACUAUUCAAUGAUCAAUUGGCAAGAACAGUUCAAACUAGGCGCCGGCACGUAGAGUUCACAUUGCCUGUAGCGGUUCCUUUAUCUCCACAUAUAAGAUUGGUUUCAGAUGAUGAGAAGUACAUCAAUAUGCUUACUAUAUAUGAGGAUUACUGCAAGAUCAAAAACCAAAACCGAGAUGAACCUCUUGCGUACACAAUUGAAAAGUUACAUGCUGCAUACGACCCAAGGCUGCCACGUCCUGAUGUUCUAAGUGUGAAAACUGAGAUUUUGAGUUCAAUCCAAUCAUUAUUCGUUCCUAAUACAAUUAUGAAGAAUUAUUUUUUGAACUAUUAUCCUAAGUUUGAAGAUUUUUGGGUGUUCCGCAAACAAUUCAGUUCACAAUAUGCUACCUUCAUUUUUGCAACAUACAUGCUAUGUAUUAAUGCACGUCAGCCACAAAAAAUACAUAUACAUCAAGGUUCAGGUAGAGUUUGGACUUCCGAGAUGUUGCCGUAUAAGGUUGUUGGUGGCAAAACACCACACAACAUUUUCCAAAACAGCUUUUUAGAUGUGUCAGCCCAACGUGCUGCGCCAAUGUUCUGUUCACUGGAAUUGGUUCCAUUCAGGUUGACUCCUAAUAUUCAAGAGUUGAUUGGUCCAGUUGGCUCCGAAGGAAUAUUAUCGAUGCAUCUUAUGAUCAUUGCACAGUGUUUGGCUGAUCCACAAUAUGAAAUCGAGCACUUCUUAAACUUGUUUAUUAGAGACGAGAUUCAAUCCUGGUAUGCACAAAGGGUACGCUCUUCAACUCAAGAUACUCCUAAUUUGAGAGAGAUUGUGAGAGUCAACGUUGAAUAUUUAAUCAAAAGGAUCACCCAACUGGCUAAUACUGAAAACUUUGGCCAAUCUGUUUCAAGUCAAUUUGUGGUGAACUUAAUCACACAUGCAGUCAAUCCAAGGAAUUUGGCAAGUACAGAUACUCUUUGGAUGGCUUACUUGUGAAAAUAUUUUAUUAGAUUAGUAUUGUUGGCAUUUGUGAAGUUUUAUUCUUGCUUUCUAUUUAUAUUGUAAUAUACUAUAAUUAUCGAUUUUUUUAUCACAUUGUAAACUUUUGUGCA